AUGGACGACGGGCGCAACAGAGUGGAUCGAGUAUGCCGGUUUGAACACCUCGACACCGACGUCCACAACAUCAUCUUUGCCUUGCUCGACGUGCCCUCGGUGUGUCGUCUUGCCAUCGCCUACGCUGGCUUCGGCUUCCGCCGCGUCAUCGCCGACUACCUCAGCGCCCACGUCGUUGAGGUGUCGCCGGAGUAUAUCGUCAGCGGUGACGAGUCGCAGGUCGACCUUGCCACGAUGGUGUUGCUUCCGAGCCAGUGCCGCGUGAAGGUGGUGACGUCGGUGGCGUUUUGGGAGCUUGCCCGGGGUCACUUCCUCAGCGAAGGAUGCCCGCAAUUCAAGCUGGUGGCGAUAGAGAGGGCCCCCAGCAUUGGCAGUGCGAUCCCGAUGAAAUUGGGUGGCUUAUCACAAAACAUCACCUCCAUCAACUUGGCGGAUGUGGUUCUCGAAGCUAGGGAUAUCCCGCCCACAAUGGAAACGCUCUCACUAAAGAACUGUUAUGUGAAGCCGACCCGGGACUUUUCUCACUUGGUCAAUCUCACCCACCUCCACGAUGAGAAUUACUACGAUACUAGCGAUAUAGUGUUGCCGCCGCUGAUUACCACCCUCUACCUUGGCCGCCGCAAAGACUUUGUCUUCGAUGUCUCGGGGUUGCCCCACCUCAAGCACGUUUCUGGACGCAGCUUCGCCAAUCUCCCGUGGGAUCAGCUUGAAACGAUUACGUGUGAGGACAUCCCCGCCGGCACCCGUUGUCGCCACUUAAAGGAGAUCACCAUAGACCCGGUGAACGACGAGGGGGCACGGUACCCCGAUUUUGCCGGUAUCGACUGUCCCGAGCUCCACCGGGUCGAGUAUCAUUGCUGGAGCCGCGGGGGCGACCUCGCCGAGUUCUUUAGCCCUCCCCAGUUGGCGAGGCUAACGAUGUUCUCCUCGUUACUUGUGGGCGUAUCCGAUCUAAGUGUUCUCGCUAACGUGAACGUGUUACACUGUAGGCUUGACGUGACGCUUACCGAACGCACGCCGCUACCACCACACUUGGUGGAGUUGAAGCUUAUGUCGUCGCAACCGGUCCGGGGGGUCCCCCCGCAGCUUGAAGUGUUUGCUUACAACGCUUACGAGGUGGCGAGGCGGCCUCACCACGUCGUUGUCGCCUCGGCCAAUCUUCGCCAGUUGCAAGUAAGCACGGCGAAGUCGUUGACGAUCAGCUGUGGCAACCUCACCGAGCUCACGGUGGCCGACGUCAGGUGUAUGCAUAAGCUCUACGUCCCCAACCUCGAGAGAUUGACCGUGGGAAACACCAGUGUGCCGCUCGUCAAGAUCUCGCGGCUCCCAAAACUCGCCCAUUUGAAGUUGACGGCAAUCGACCUCCCGCGGACGAAAAUGGUGUUCACCCACCCUCUCACGUCGGUGGUGCUUGCCGGGUGUAAGCUAGGCCGAGUGGUGGUAUCGGCGGACACGGUGGCGCUUGAAUACUGUGAGCUUACUACUUGUCCGACAAUCAGGGCGAAGGUGGUCAAAGCCCACGGGACGAAAGUGGGGGAGGGGGAUACCGCGGUGGAGUUUGGCGCCGGGUGUGAGUGUCAGGAGCUAGUGUGUGACACGGUCUCCCAGAUCCCCGCCACCGUGGAGAAGGUGGCGAUGCUGUCGAUGCCGCAAGACCCCACCCACUUAUUUCUGGUGUGCAAGAGCCUCAAGUCGCUCCUUUUGUACACUUAUAGCGUCACCAACAUCAGGGUGCCUCCGUCGGUGACCUACCUCAAAGUGGGGGCGAUGCCGCCGGAGGCGUUGGCCACCAUUCUCGCCAAAUCCGAUGCCAGCCGGCUUGAGUACGUCGAGUGUCUGUUGACAUCUCUUCCCGCUUCAUAUGCUGCUUACCAGAAGUUGAUACCUAAAACCCACCAGCACUGCGGGGGCUAUUUGUGGUGUCGCCACGAUCUCCUGACAAAGUUAUUUACCACGGCAAUCAACCAUUGA